AUAUGCACACACGCAUAUAUACACACAGAUAUAUGUAUGUAUUUAUAUGUGUAAGUGGACGACUGUUUUCUCUCCCCAAAGGCCGAAAGGAAUCUGCUGAGCCACUCGAAACUGUCAUUCAACGCUUGGAAAUUACGAUAUCCAAGAGAGAUUAGUGGACUUCUCCUGUUCCUGACUCUGCCCACCAUGGAUUUGGAACCCGGAAAUUACCAGAAUACCGUCAAGAGAGAAUCAUGGAGAACUGUAUUGACAUUAGCGUAUCAGAGCCUGGGGGUUGUCUAUGGAGAUUUGAGUACUUCCCCUUUGUACGUGUACAAGAGCACUUUCGCAGAGGAUAUUCAUCACUCGGAGACAAACGAAGAGAUCUUCGGCGUGUUGUCUUUCGUCUUCUGGACCAUAACUGUGAUCCCUCUCCUCAAGUACGUGUUCAUUGUCCUCAGAGCCGACGAUAAUGGCGAGGGAGGGACUUUCGCUCUCUACUCGCUCCUUUGUCGACACGCGCGAGUCAACUCGCUCCCGAAUCGCCAGUUGGCCGACGAAGAGCUCACCGAGUACAAGAAGGACUUGAUCGGGUCGGGGCCCAAAUCGGGAUUCGGAGCCGGUCUGAAGUCUACACUGGAGAAACACGAGGUGUUGCAGAGGAUUUUGCUGGUCCUGGCUUUGAUUGGGACUUGUAUGGUGAUUGGUGAUGGUGUCCUAACGCCGGCUAUCUCUGUUUUCUCUGCAGUUUCAGGAGUUGAGCUUUCCAUGUCGAAGGAGCAUCACAAAUAUGUAGUAGUCCCGGUGGCUUGCAUUGUAUUGAUAUUCUUGUUCGCGAUUCAGCAUUACGGAACACACAGGGUCGGGUUCAUGUUUGCACCUGUGGUUCUGAUAUGGCUUCUCUGCAUCAGUUCCAUCGGCCUUUACAACAUUGUUCACUGGAACCCCCAUGUCUACAGAGCUCUCUCUCCUUAUUACAUGUUCAAGUUCUUGAAAAAGACUCAACGAGGUGGUUGGAUGUCUCUCGGUGGGAUCUUGCUCUGCAUAACAGGCUCCGAGGCUAUGUUUGCGGACCUUGGUCACUUUUCCCAGUUGUCAAUCAAGAUUGCUUUUACGUUUCUCGUUUACCCUUCCCUGAUUCUUGCGUACAUGGGACAAGCAGCGUACCUCUCCCGGCACCACGAUCUUGAAAACGACUACAGCGUCGGAUUUUACGUCUCUGUUCCAGAGAGAUUAAGAUGGCCGGUUCUGGUGAUAGCCAUACUGGCGGCGGUGGUGGGGAGUCAAGCCAUAAUCACGGGAACUUUCUCGAUCAUAAAACAGUGCUCGGCCCUCGGCUUCUUCCCCAAAGUUAAGAUCGUUCACACGUCGUCCAAGAUCCACGGUCAGAUUUACAUCCCCGAGAUCAACUGGAUCUUGAUGCUCUUGUGUUUGGCCGUCACAAUCGGUUUCCGAGACACCAGGCGGAUGGGUAACGCCUCAGGUCUGGCGGUUAUAACUGUCAUGAUCGUUACGACGUGUCUAAUGUCUCUGGUGAUUGUCCUCUGCUGGCACAAGAGUGUCCUCUUUGCCUUUGCCUUUGUCGUCUUCUUCGGGACAAUCGAGGCUCUCUACUUCUCGGCCUCGCUUAUCAAGUUCUUCGAAGGGGCAUGGGUCCCGAUCGCCCUUGCCUUUGUCUUCGUCCUCGUCAUGUCCGUUUGGCACUAUGGAACCCUAAAACGAUACGAGUUUGACGUCCAGAACAAGGUAUCGGUCGACUGGCUUAUCGGCCUCGGCCUGAGCCUUGGGAUCGCCCGUGUGCGUGGCAUCGGUCUCAUCCACACUGAGCUCGUCUCGGGCGUCCCGGCCAUCUUCUCCCAUUUCGUCACCAACCUCCCAGCCUUUCACCAGGUGCUUGUUUUCCUCUGCGUCAAGUCCGUCCCUGUCCCGCGCGUCCGGCCCGAGGAACGGUUCCUCGUCGGCCGCAUCGGUCCACGUCACUUCCGAAUGUACCGUUGCAUCGUCCGGUACGGGUACCGGGACGUGCACAAGGACGACAUCGAGUUCGAACGCGACCUCGUCUGCAGCAUUGCCGAGUUCGUCCGUUCCGAGGCCAUGACCGAAACCAAGACCGACGGUGUCUACGACGGGGACGGAGACAGGAUGGCGGUGGUGGGAACAAGUUCCACUCACCCGCAAGGCGUUCAUAUGAGCGAGGACGACGACGAUGCCGGAACGUCGGAAAUGAGAGAGAUAUUAUCGCCGCCGCCAUCGGAGACGACCAAGAAGAAGAAGAAGAAGAAGAAGAAGGUGAGAUUCGUGGUGCCUGAUAGCCCGAAGAUGGAGAUGGAGACGAGGCAGGAGCUGGAGGAGUUGACGGAGGCGCGUGAAGCAGGAGUGGCUUAUAUAAUGGGGAAUGCGUACAUGAAGGCAAAGCAAGGGUCUGGUCUCGUAAAGAGAAUCGCCAUUAACGUAGCUUACGAGUUCCUCCGUAAGAACAGCAGAGGCCCCACGCUUGCGCACACCGCACCUCACACGUCCACGUUGGAGGUCGGCAUGAUCUACCGUGUCUGAAGGGGUAUUUCCGUCUUUUUCUCUUCUCUCCUCUCUUCUGUACAUGCAAAUUUUUUUAGCUUUUCGCUACAGGAUAUUAAUCUAUGCCUUCCAAAAUGUGAAUGAGAAAAAGCCCAAAUUUUGGUGUUUGCUUCC